UAAUAUACUUGAAAUCAAUUCUAGAAUGCAAAUUAAAUAAUGCGUGUAACAACAUGGAUGCUUUUUGUUGCAUUUGGAAUAUAUGGCAUAGAUAUAUCGCUUUCAAUUGAUGAAGUCUUUUCAAUGGAUGGUUUAAUAGCUGCAUAUGGAGAUUUCAACUCAGAUCAAGCAUUAGAUAUGUUUAUUGUAUCCAGUGAUUGGACUCAGCUUAAAGUUUAUGUUUGGAAUGUGAUUAAGCAGAUGUUUAUGGAAUUGCAUUCAGUUGAUUACAAAACAAAUACAAAUGAGAAUGAAGUUAUUGUAAGUGUAUCAACUGCAGAUUUUAAUGGGGAUGGUUGUUUAGAUGUUCUUUUAUGUUUAUCAACUUCUCAACUUAAAAAGGAUGGGUUUGUCAAUGUUACUAUUUAUUAUGGUGAUACUGUAUCAUUAGUUAGCGGUCAUUGGAGUGUACGCAUGCUUGAUCAACCAUCAGUUAUUGACGUUAAUGGCGACUUGCUUCCUGAUUUAUUUGGUACAAAUUCAAAAGGAGUGAGGUCUUAUUGGAUAUCUGUUCCUGCAGACACAAUGUCAUCAGGGUAUUUCACAGAAGAUUCUCAGUUUUAUACUGAUAUAUCUACAACUCUUGUUAUUCCACAAUCAAAUGCUUUUGUUGAUGUAACUGGUGAUCAACAUGCUGACUUGGUUGUUAAAUCAUAUAACAAUGAGACUAAAUCCAUAAUGGUUGAAAUUUGGACCCAAGAUAGCGGAAAAAAGAACCUUACUUUAAAAAAUUCUUUGGAAUUAGGACUAAAAGAUGCUAAAUAUGUUGGACAGAUGUCAUUUAUCGAUUAUGAUGGCGAUAGUAUUAUUGAUUUAGUGCUUCCGGUCUGCUUAACUGAAGAUUGCUCUCACUCAGUUUUGUAUGCUAGAACUACAAUCAACUUUGAAGACCCACAAAAAAAUUGGUCAGUUGUUAUUGACAAUACUUAUGGUGAUUGGCAGUUUCCUUUACAUAAAAUGAAUGGCUCAGACAAUAUUCCGUUGACACUUGUUAUAGGUGAUUAUUUAUUGGAUGGAAUGAUAGAUAUAGUUACAAUUCUUCAGUUCAAAGAAAAUAAAAAGUUAUUUGCUGCAAAUCUAAUAAAUAUACCGUGCUCAGAUGCAAAAUCAACAGGUUGCGAAGGUCAAAGAACAUUCUCAGUUCAAAAUACCAUGAAUUCAAUCAGCGAUCCUAUCUCAAUAAGUUUAAUGGAUGUAUAUGAGAACGGAAUUCUUGAUUUUUUGGUUACAUGUCGUACUGGUGUUGAUUAUGUGACAAAAAUUUUAAGAAAUGAAUUUGUUGUAGAUGCUGCUUUUCUGAAAGUUGCUGUUGUUGGUGGUAUUUGCUACACUGAUUGCAAGUGCAACAAAGGAUCAACAAAUCAUGGAGCACAUCAAGUUGGAGCUAUGACUAAUAUAAAAACUACAAAUACUGAUGGUCACCUAAUGGUUAUUAAAGCUGUUCAAAUGGCCCAAUCUGGAUACUUUUCUCUCCAGCUUCCAUAUAUUAUCUUUGGACUAGGAAAGUCUCCUAACUUUGUAGACGAAAUUAAAAUAGGAAUUCCAAAAGGAGAUAACCAAUAUGUAGACAGAGUUCAUGAAUGGGUUGCUAUUAUACCAAAUGCUCAAGUUAUUGUUAUUCCUUAUCCAAAAGAUUCUCCUUCAGAUUGGAUGACUAAACUACUCGUUGGAAAAAGUAAAAUGUUCGUGCAAACAGGGGGAGUUUUAUUAGGUACAUGUCUUCUCAUCGCAGGAAUUAUUAUAAUCUUACAUGUGAAAGAAAAGAAAGAAGAUGAAAAGGAAAAAAGAAAAGAAGCGCAUAAAUUUCAUUUCGAUGCUUUGUAGUUUAAUGAAAACUGUAUGUGAAUCGUGUCUUUCAUCCUGUCAUCUCUUUCAUCCUGUCAUUAAGAAAAUCAAAUAACUGAAAAAGAAAAUCAGAAAAUUGAAGUUUUUUUUUUUUGAGAAUUUUAUGUUAAAAAAGACGAAAUUACGUUGUUUUGUUUUUUGUAUAUUAUUUUAUUAAUACUUUUUUUUAUUCUUUUUCAACUUUUACUUUUUCAAAUGUUUAAAAUUUUGUUUUGCGCAUUGAGUAUUGUUACUAAUUUAACUAUUUGUCGUGAUGCCUAUUUAAUUUAUGCUAGUUUUAUUUAAUUAUUAUAUUAUUGUAUAAAUAUGUCAGCAAUAAUUUAAUUAUAUAUAA